AUGGGCUUUGUGGUUAAUGAUCUUGCAAAUGACCCCCAAAGCCUGUCUUGUGAGAUGCAUGCUGUGCCAUUCACACACACUUACUUUGUAGUCAGCAGAGUUCAAUUCAACCAGGAAUUGUAUGCUGUUUGUCACGGUGUAGUAACACUUUGUCUAUUGUCUGUCUGUCUAUGUCAGUCUGUCCAGCGGAGCUGAGGAAGUUGGAGGGCCUGAAGACCAUCGCUGUGACAACCAAUGGUAUGAACCUGGCGAGGCUGCAGCCCGAACUAAAGGAGGUCGGUUUGGACCUGCUCAACAUCAGCCUGGACUCCCUGGUGCCGGCCAAGUUUGAGUUCAUCGUCCGGCGGAAUGGUAGGUAGAACCUGUGGGUUAGGAAACGUUGGACCUGUGGGUUACAUAAAUAGUAGCUGCCGGUAAUCGUACACAGCUUAGCUUUGGUCAUGUAUGCAGUUGCCUGACGACUCAAACUGAAUUACAUGAAUUCUUCCGCUGCUCUAUCGUUCGCUACAUAAUACUUCCGUCUGAGACCAUUUUAGUCGUUUGUGGUGACAUAAAAAUAAGGGGUGUUGUACAAAGCAAAGUAAUCAGCGUUUGGAUAAUCUCAAAUCAAUCAGAGUAUCAAAGCCAAUGACACAUUUUUUAAACAGCGCUUUACCCACGUGUUUCUUGGCUCCGGACCAUCCCAUUGGUUUCUGGGACCAAUCAGGCGGUCUAGAGGUACUCCGAUCCAAUCAUCAGGGAGGUACUCCGAUCCAGACUCAUUGCAGAGAAGAAACUAACGUCCGUGGGCGUGGCGUGGUGUAUUUGCCUGGGAGGAAGGGACAGAUGGUCUAGACAGCCUUAAGAAGGAGAGCACACAGAAAAAGGAAGUCGUAGCCAAACCUCUUACAGUACACUGGGCUUUCACCUGUUGGGCUGAUUGGUAUCAUUGUCCUGGGGGACAUAGAUAAUGUGGGAGAGUUGUUCUACCUGUAUGUCUCAAUCUCCAGAUGAGGUAAAUGUAUGUUGUUGUAAUUGACAACUGUAUUCAAAACUCAACAUCAAGUUCAGUGUUGGGAUAGAGUUGAUUUACUUUUGUGGACUGGCUUUCAUUUAAGCUUUCUUGAAUUGGAAUCCUUUUUGUGAAAUUACUAUUAGCGCUACGCAUACUUAUAUUGAUCAAGUAUGAGGUGAGGGACACAAAACACAUUUGCCAUGGACAAUGUAGGGUUUAUUGAUAAGAUAUUAAAGAAAGUCCACAACAAAAUAACAUUAAAUAUUUCAUGCACAUUUUGAGCUGUAUUAAACGGAUUAGCCUUAUUCACCUCAUGUAAGACACAAUGAGCCUAAAAGCCAACAUGCAUAAAAGAUUUGUCUAACCCUCAAGUAAUACACAAAAUAUUUAACAUCCUGAUCAAAUGACUCAUGAGUCAUAAUAACAGCACUUGCAUUAUUUAAUUAGUCCCAAUAAAUGUUUUAACCAUCUGUAUAACAGAAAUGUUUGUGACAUAAUUGGAUUGAAUUGUACGAUUUUACUACAUGUCACCCAAAUAUGUUCAUGCACCAUCAGUGUACUGUAGAAGCUUUCCGCAACUUGAAAUCCAAAAUACUAUUUAUUGAUGUUGAUUAGGUUCCUAUUUCGAAGAGCAAAAACCUCCUACUGCAAGUCAGUAAAAGCCCUCCCUUUGUAGUCAGUGCCUUUCAAAAUUUCCUUUCAAAACACAACUUGGAUAAAACUGAGGCUUUCGGGCCAAAUGUGCCCUUUCACUUGAAUCCUCCUCUGUUUGACACCAAUUAAAAUGUGUAACAUAGAGCUAGUAGGUAGAAGCGACGGCCCUUCCAAUGUGAAUCCAUGGAAUGGAGACUAUCUAGCCUUCACAUUCCCUCUGAGGGGUUGUCUGAAUCAACACAGGAAGAGACAUCUCUGGUAGCGCUGACCUUAGUAGUUUACAUUGCAUAUGCAUGUGCAUAACCAUGGUAGCAAUUGAAAGGGAACAGUUUGGAAAUUAUGGGGAAAUUAUUAGCCCAAAGGUGAGGACACAACAGUUCACCUGACACAAGGCUGAAUCCAAACACUGUUGAUUAUAUGUACAUUUUACAUUUACUGUACUUUUUGCCACAUUUGUUGAUAACAAAAUCUGAAAAUACUCUGGAUGCAUUCAGUAACAUAACAAUAUUCCUCAAAUGUGGGGUAGGUGCAACAUAAGACAAAACCAUUACAGUGGUUUCAGUGAGAGGACUAACUGGUGUCUCCAAGUGGCCACACUCAGAGACACCAUUAUCACUUGUAAUUCACUCAUCAACAUCAUUCCUCACAGUUAUUUUUAAGACUAACUUUGUUAUCUCUCAGCUCUUUACUUAUUUUUUACAGUUCCUAAGUAAUUUCAAUGUACUUUUAUGACUCAAAGAAGAGUCUUCAACUAUAAGGUGCUUUUUUGAGCACUCCUAGCUGUGCCAUUGAGGAACUAAAGCAAAUACCCUUGUAGUUGUUUUGUUUGGAACACAACCAUGCAUCCCCGUCAUCACACAAUUACUUUUCUUGUUUACGCAAUCCAAAAAUUGUCAAUUUAUACAGUGAGGGAAAAAAGUAUUUGAUCCCCUGCUGAUUUUGUACGUUUGCCCACUGACAAAGACAUGAUCAGUCUAUAAUUUGAAUGGUAGGUUUAUUUGAACAGUGAGAGACAGAAUAACAAAAUCCAGAAAAACGCAUGUCAAAAAUGUUAUUCAUUGAUUUGCAUUUUAAUGAGGGAAAUAAGUAUUUGACCCCUCUGCAAAACAUGACUUAGUACUUGGUGGCAAAACCUUUGUUGGCAAUCACAGAGGUCAGACGUUUCUUGUAGUUGGCCACCAGGUUUGCACACAUCUCAAGAGGGAUUUUGUCCCACUCCUCUUUGCAGAUCUUGUCCAAGUCAUUAAGGUUUCGAGGCUGACGUUUGGCAACUCGAACCUUCAGCUCCCUCCACAGAUUUUCUAUGGGAUUAAGGUCUGGAGACUGGCUAGGCCACUCCAGGACCUUAAUGUGCUUCUUCUUGAGCCACUCCUUUGUUGCCUUGGCCGUGUGUUUUGGGUCAUUGUAAUGCUGGAAUACCCAUCCACGACCCAUUUUCAAUGCCUUGACUGAGGGAAGGAUGUUCUCACCCAAGAUUUGACCGUACAUGCCCCUGUCCAUCGUCCCUUUGAUGCGGUGAAGUUGUCCUGUCCCCUUAGCAGAAAAACACCCCCAAAGCAUAAUGUUUCCACCUCCAUGUUUGACGGUGGGGAUGGUGUUCUUGGGGUCAUAGGCAGCAUUCCUCCUCCUCCAAACACAGCGAGUUGAGUUGAUGCCAAAUAGCUCGAUUUUGGUCUCAUCUGACCACAGCACUUUCACCCAGUUCUCCUCUGAAUCAUUCAGAUGUUCAUUGGCAAACAUCAGACCGGCCUGUAUAUGUGCUUUCUUUAGCAGGGGGACCUUGUGGGCGCUGCAGGAUUUCAGUCCUUCACGGCGUAGUGUGUUACCAAUUGUUUUCUUGGAGACUAUGGUCGCAGCUGCCUUGAGAUCAUUGACAAGAUUCUCCCGUGUAGUUCUGGGCUGAUUCGUCACCGUUCUCAUGAUCAUUGCAAUUCCACGAGGUGAGAUCUUGCAUGGAGCCCCAGGCCGAGGGAGAUUGACAGUUAUUUUGUGUUUCUUCCAUUUGCGAAUAAUCGCACCAACUGUUGACACCUUCUCACCAAGCUGCUUGGCGAUGGUCUUGUAGCCCAUUCCAGCCUUGUGUAGGUCUACAAUCUUGUCCCUGACAUCCUUGGAGAGCUCUUUGGUCUUGGCCACGGUGGAGAGUUUGGAAUCUGAUUGAUUGAUUGCUUCUGUGGACAGGUGUCUUUUCUACAGGUAUCAAACUGAGAUUAGGAGCACUCCCUUUAAGAGUGUGCUCCUAAUCUCAGCUCAUUACCUGUAUAAAAGACACCUUGGAGACAGAAAUCUUUCUGAUUGAAAGGGGGUCAAAUACUUAUUUCCCUCAUUAAAAUGCAAAUCAAUUUAUAACAUUUUUGACAUGCGUUUUUCUGGAUUUUUUUGUUGUUAUUCUGUCUCUCACUGUUCAAAUAAACAUACCAUUAAAAUUAUAGACUGAUAAUUUCUUUGUAAGUGGGCAAACGUACAAAAUCAGCAGGGGAUCAAAUACUUUUUUCACUCACUGUACAGUGCAGACAGACUUCUCCCCAUCCUAGCUACUGUUGUAUCAAUAUGUUUUGACCAUGACAGUUUACAAUCCAGGGUUACACCAAGCAGUUUAGUCUCCUCUACUUGCUCAAUUUCCACAUUAUUCAUUACAAGAUUUAGUUGAGGUUUAGGGUUUAGUGAACGUUUUAGACAUAUUUAGGACUAACUUAUUCCUUGCCACCCAUUUUGAAACUAACUGCAGCUCUUUGUUAAGUGUAGCAGUCAUUUCAGUCGCUGUGGUAGCUGACGUGUAUAGUGUUGAGUCAUCCGCAUACAUAGACACACUGGCUUUACUCAAAGCCAGUGGCAUGUCAUUGGUAAAGAUUGAAAAAAGUAAGGGGCCUACACAGCUGCCCUGGGGAAUUCCUGAUUCUACCUGGAUUUUGUUGGAGAGGCUUCCAUUAAAGAACACCCUCUGUGUUCUGUUAGACAGGUAGCUCUUUAUUCACAAUAUAGCAGGGGGUGUAAAGCCAUAACACAUACGUUUUUCCAGCAACAGACUAUGAUCAAUAAUGUCAAAAGCCGCACUGAAGUCUAACAAAACAGCCCCCACAAUAUUUUUAUCAUCAAUUUCACUCAGCCAAUCAUCAAUCAUUUGUGUAAGUGCUGUGCUUGUUGAAUAUCCUUCCCUAUAAGCGUGCUGAAAGUCUGUUGUCAAUUUGUUUACUGUAAAAUAGCAUUGUAUCUGGCCAAAUAGUUUUUUCCAAAAGUUUACUAAGGGUUGGUAACAGGCUGUUUUUAGCCAGUUAAGGGGGCUUUACUAUUCUUAUGUAGGGGAAUAACUUAUGCUUCCCUUCAGGCCUGAGGGCACACACUUUCUAGUAGGCUUAAAUUGAAGAUAUGGCAAUUAGGAGUGGCAAUAUCGUCCGCUAUUAUCCUCAGUAAUUUUCCAUCUGCAUUGUCAGACCCCCGGGGUGGCUUGUCAUUGUUGAUAGACAACAAUAUUUUUUUUACCUCAUCCACGCUUACUUUACGGAAUUCAAAAUUACAAUGCUUGGCUUUAAUAAUUUGGUCAGACAUACUUGGAUGUGUAGUGUCAGUGUUUGUUGCUGGCAUGUCAUGCCUAAGUUUGCUAAUCUUGCCAAUGAAAAAAAUAUUAAAGUAGCUGGCAAUAGCAGUGGGUUUUGUGAUGAAUGAGCCAUCUGAUUCAAUGAAUGAUGGAGCAGAGUUUUCCUUUUUGCCCAAUAUUUCAUUUAAGAUGCUCCAAAGCUUUUUACUAUCAUUCUUUGUCAUUUAUCUUUGUUUCAUAGUGUAGUUUCUUCUUCUUUUUAUUAAUUUUAGUCACAUGAUUUCUCAAUUUGCAGUUCGUUUGCUAAUCAGUUGUACAGCCAGAUCUAUUUGCCAUCUCUUUUGCCUCAUCCCUCUCAACCAUACCAUUUUUCAAUUCCUCAUCAAUCCACAGGGAUUUAACUGUUUUUACAGUCAUUUUCUUAAUGGGUGCAUGCUUACUAGUAACUUUGAUAAGCAAUUUCAUAAAUGUGUCAAGUGCAGCGUAUUGUUGCUCGUUAUUACGCACCACAGACCAACAAAUAUUAUUCCCAUCAACAACAUAGGAAUCACUACAAAACGUAUUGUAUGACCUCUUAUACACCAUAUUAGGCCUAGCCUUUGGUUUUCCUAGAUAUGGCUCCUAUAUUGUGAUCACUACAUCUGAUGGAUUUGGAUACUGCUUUCAAAUACAUUUCUGCAGCAUGACUAAAGAUAUGAUCAAUACAUGUUGAUUGAUUUCAUUCCUGUACUGUUUGUAACUACCCUGGUAGGUUGAAUGAUAACCCGAACCAUGUUGCAGGCACUAGUUACAGUUUGAAGCUUUCUCUUGAGUGGGCAGCCUAAUGAAAUACAGUCAAUAUUUAAAUCACCCAGGAAGUAUACCUCUCUAUUGAUAUCACAUACAUUAUCAAGCAUUUCACACAUGUUAUCCAGAUACUGACUGUUAGCACUUGGUGGUCUAUAGCAGCUUCCCACCAGAAUGGGCUUUAGGUGAGGCAGGUGAACCUGUAGCCCUAUUACUUCAACAGUAUUUAACAUGAGAUCCUCUAUAAACUUUACAGGAAUGUGGUUCUGAAUAUAGACCUCAACACCACCCCUGUUGGCAUUUCUGUCUUUUCUGUAAAUGUUAUAACCUUGUAUUGCUACUACUGUAUCAUCAAAGGUAUUAUCUAAGUUGGUUUAAGAUAUUGUCAGAAUAUCAAUGUCAUUUGUUACUAGCAAAUUAUUGAUUUCAUGAACCUUGUUUCUUAAGCUACAUAUGUUAACGUCUGCUAUUUUUAUCAUCUGGGAUGCUUGGUUAUUUUGCUUGGUUAUUUUUCUUGCUUUACUGGGAGCUUAGCAGAGGUAUACAUACUUGGGUUAUUUCUAUUAGUGCAGGAUGAGCUGCACACAGUGGACUUCCUACUAGGGCACACCACCUCAGUGCUAACGUUAUUACUCUGGUUCAGAGACAUAUGAUUACUGCAUUUAAUAGCUGUAGGAUCAGCAGAGGUAUUCCGGGCAGUAAGAGGGACAUAAAUUAGGUUAUUUACAUUGUGUCUUCCAAUGUCCCUAGGAUAAUGUACAUUUGCUGAAGCAUUAUGACAACUCAGUGAUACAAUGGUAGGGAUUUAAUGAGCUGUACUUGGGUCAUUGAUAAGUCAUUGUCUCAAUGCAGUUUUAUAAUCCUGUGAAAGUAUCCAGGAACCUGAAUUCAGACCCUUUACUCAGUACUUUGUUGAAGCACCUUUUGCAGCGAGUACAGCCUUGAGUGUUCUUUGGUAUGAUGCUACAAACUUGGCACACCUGUAUUUAGGGAGUUUCUCCCAUUCUCGGCAGAUCCUCUCAAGCUCUGACAGGUUGGAUGGGGAGCGUCACUGCACAGUUAUUUUCAGGUCUCUCGAGAGAUGUUCAAGUCCGGGCUCUGGCUAGGCAACUCAAGGACAUUCAGAGACUUGUCCCGAAGACACUCCUGCGUUGUCUUGGCUGUGUGCUUAGGGUCGUUGUCCACUUGGAAGGUGAACCUCACCACAGUCUGAGGUCCUGAGCGCUCUGGAGCAGGUUUUCAUCAAUGAUCUAUCUGUACUUUGCUCCAUUCAUCUUUCCCUCGAUCCUGACUAGUCUCCCAGUCCCUGCCGCUGAAAAACAUCCCCACCACCAUGCUUCACCGUAGGGAUUGUGCCAGGUUUCCUCCAGACGUGACGCUUGGGAUUCAGGCCAAAGAGCUCAGUCUUGGUUUCAUCAGACCAGAGAAUCUUGUUUCUCAUGAUCUGAGAGUCCUUUAGGAUCCUUUUGGCUCCAAGCAGUCUGUCGUGUGCCUUUUUCCUGAGGAGUGGCUUCCGUCUGGCCACUCUACCAUAAAGGCCUGAUUGGUGGAGUGCUGCAUAGAUGGUUGUCCUUCUGGAAGGUUCUCCCAUCUCCACAGAGGAACUCUUGAGCUCUGUCGGAGUGACCCAUAGGGUUCUUGGUCACCUCCCUGACCAAGGGCCUUCUCCCCCGAUUCCUUCGACCUCAUGGCUUGGUUUUUGCUCUGUGAACUGGGGGACCUUAUAUAGACAGGUGUGUGCCUUUCCAAAUCAUGUCCAAUCAAUUGAAUUUACCACAGGUGGACUCCAAUUAAGUUGUAGAAACAUCUCAAGGAUGAUCAACAGAAACAGGAUUCACCUGAGCUCAAUUUCAAGUCUCAUAGCAAAGUGUCUGAAUACUUAUGUAAAUAAGGUAUUUAUUAUUUUAUUUUAUGAAAUAAAAUUUUUAAACCUGUUUAUCGCUUUGUCAUUAUGGGGUACUGUGUGUAGAUUGAUGAGGGGGAAAAAAAUAACUUCAUCCAUUUUAUAAUAAGGCUGUAGCAAAAUUUGAAAAUGUCAAGGGCUCUGAAUACUUUCCGAAUGCACUGGAUGUGUGAGUGUGUGGGUAGAGUCCAUUGCAAGAGAUUCAGUGCAAAAAAGGGUAUAUGCAAAUAGUCCGGGUAGCCAUUUAAUUAACUGUUCAGCAGUCUUAUGGCUUGGGGGUAGAAGCUGCUCAGGAUACUUUUGGUCCCAGACUUGGCGCUCCAGUACCGCUUGCCAUGCGGUAGCAGACUGAACAGUCUUGUGUGGCUGGGGUCUUUUACAAUUUUCCAGGCCUUCCUCUGACACCACCUGUUAGAGGUCCUGGAUGGCAGGGAGAUUGUCCCCAGUGAUAUACUGGGUCGUCCGCACCACCCUCUAGCACCUUGCCAAGCAGUUGCCAUGCUAAGUGGUGAUGCAGCCAGUCGAGAUGCUCUAAAUGGUGCAGCUGUAAAACUUGUUGAGGAUCUGAGGGCCCAUGCCAAAUCUCUUCAAUCUCUUGAGGGAGAAGAGGUGUUGUCAUGCUUUCUUCAUGGUUGUGUUGGUGUGUGUGGACCAUGUUAAUUCAUUAGUGAUGUGGACACUGAGUAGCUUUCUGAGGUUUUAUCGCUUGGAUGUCACUGCUCCCAGUGUAGCCCACAAUGUGUUUAUGACUGGGACAGGGGAAAGCCACUAGGCAGCAUGCCAUGUGCACAAUUCCCGGACUCCAGCAUUUGUCGGGGUCAAGUCUGGGUAGUCUGCCGUGGGCCGUUUCAUUUAAUAUCCGUUGGGAUCGGCUUGGGGUGUGAUUUUAUUCCCCCAUAUUAUGUUGUACCGAAGUUGACUGACUGAAAGUGAAUGUAAUGUUAUGACUAUAACUACUGUUCCCUGGAGGAGGGAAAAUAGGUACAACACCUAUACCUCGUUUCCCUCCUUCAGGGAACAGUAGAUAGUCAUAACGUUACGUUUUGAUCGCACACUUUUAGAUUUCAAACAAGAUGAAAUUGUUACCUCUUUCAUUUUCUCUCUCUCUGUUGGACAUCCCCUGACUCAUCUCUCCUUCCUUUAAAAAAUAUCUCCAGAACCAUGAUCCUCAUCAGUGGGUGGUGUGGUUGUAGAUAACAUUCACACACUCGCUUUCCCUCCCAGUCUUUGUCCUUCUCUCUCCUAAUCUCGUACCCUCAGUCCAUUUUGAUUUGAAUUUGAUAAAGUGAACCCAUAAAAAUGUACUAGAGCACUAAUAUCAUUUAUUUUACUUCUAUGAGUAAAUUGGAAGUUUGUAAAUUAACUAAAAAGCUGCAUACCACAACCUAUUGUGCUGGAGUGUGUAAUGUCUGAAAAGGUAUAAAGCCAAGGUAGGUGAUUUACUGCCACCUGCAGUUAUGGAAUGUUCAGGAGUAUAAUUAAUUGGCUAAACCAUCCUGCUGACCUGGAUAGAAUUCUGUUAUCCUUACUUAACUCAUUAGCAUGUCCCACCCAAUUGACUACUUAAAAAUGGUGAAAGCCCUCAAUGGCGCUGCCCAUGUUGUCAAAGAAGUGGACAUUGAGAUGUGCAUCUCUAUGAGUAGUGUUUUCAGCUACAUCGUAUUCUUCUGGCAUGCAAAAUGGGAAACAUUGAUCCUCUGCUUGGAUAGAGGACUUUUUGACCUCUAAAUCAAGUGGUAACUUUUCAAAUAAAAUCACUAACACUGAUUGAAUUAUAAUAAUGACAAUGCAUUACCAUAUUACAAUGCUGUUUGACUGUAUUUUAGAGUUGCCUUCCUAAACCUUCAUCUUCAUUUCCUCCCUGUCUCUCAGGCACCACACCUCAAAGGCCUCUGUCGCUGCCCAAGUCCAGAAUCAGCCAGGGGUCCUCUCCCCCCCUCUCCUAUAUCCCACAUCCUUCAGUCCUCACCUCAGCUAUGGCCCUCCAACAGUACCACUCCAGAAGCGGGGUUGCCCAACCCAGUAAGGAUGUAUCGUGCCUUUCAGGCUACACUGUUUCAACAGUGCAGCCUGAUGUCAGCUGCUCGGGAACCCACCAGUGUGGAAGGAUCCCUCAGUGGUCCCAUAUUGUCAAAAUAAGCCUUUACGGGGGUGCCACUGCCUCUAGUGUAGCCCCCCUCAGCAAAUAUGGGAUCGAUGACUUACUGGCAACCCCCAGUUAUCAAACCAAGGCUACUGAUUCUAACAUGCGCACAAAUGCAUUGAGUCACAAUGACACAGACUGCCUCAGGUACACACUUACCAGGGGUCCAAACUUAAUAAAGAAUGCCUCUACAAAGACCUCCGGGAUUCCUUCCCUUUGCACACUACUGAGAAGCACUAAAACAGGGCCCCUCCUAGGCCAGCAUAGCAAAAGGACAUGCCACAGACAAACCUCCAGAGAUGACCCCCAAGCCAAACUCAAACAACCCACACAGGAGCACUUGGGGGCGGACACAAAUUCCUCUCACUACCCUAAGCCAGACAACCCCACCACCGCCCAACUGACACACACAGACGCCCAAGGCCGGGCCUCCAUGGUGGAUGUGGGCAGCAAGUCUCCCACACGGCGAAGUGCCACAGCCAUAGCUACCGUACAUCUGGGCCUCACCACCUUCUGCCUGCUCCGGGACAACCAGUUAGCUAAGGGCGACGCGCUAGCUGUAGCGCAGCUAGCGGGAAUCAUGGCUGCCAAGCAGACCAGCGCCCUCAUCCCGCUCUGCCACCCGCUGCCCUUAGACCACAUCUCCGUCACCUUCGACCUCGACGCCAGCCGACUUGCAGCCAUUGUCAUGGCGACUGCCCGCACCACGGGCCGCACCGGCGUGGAGAUGGAGGCACUGACGGCGGUCACGGUGGCGGCUUUGACGCUUUACGACAUGUGCAAGGCGGUGAGUCACGACAUCACCAUCAAGGACGUCAAGCUGGUCAGCAAGACAGGCGGGAAGAGGGACUUCCACCGUGAACCGUGA